AUGUCCAAGCAAACUCAAAGGAAGCGAAAUGUACAAGUUGUGGUUCGAGUACGGUAAGUGUUAACUUUAAAAUUAUUUUACUUUUAGUGUCCUUUUCAAGUUUUGAGAAUUUAGGCAACAAUUUCGAAUGAAAAUGUGUUUAACUGCAAAAUAAAAAGAGAAUUAGCAUUUAUAAUAUUACGGUAACUAUUGUGAACUUUAAGACCUCUCAAUGGCAAAGAGAUCAUGGAGAAAGGCAGAAGCAUCACAUCUAUUGACCGAGACAGCAAGAUGGUGUACCUGCGAGACAAGUUGAAUAUGCGACCAUUCGGGCCAUUUGAUAGAGUUUAUGAUGAAGAUACUACUCAGAUUACUAUGUACAAAGAUGUUGUAGCUCCAUUGAUCGCACAAGUUCUUAAUGGCUACAACUGCACUGUGUUUGCGUAAGUUUUAUCUUAUUUUACGUUAUAUGCAUAUUAUGUUGUAGUUAUGGACAGACUGGCUCUGGUAAGACGUUUACUAUGGAAGGACAUCACGACGAGACUAACGAAUACUCAUGGGAAGAGGAUCCCAAAGCUGGUAUCAUUCCUCGUGCUCUUCAUCACAUUUUCACAACUUUGGAAACCGAAAAACCUGAAGAUUACAGUGUAAGGGCAUCGUAUGUUGAGCUCUACAACGAACAGUUAUAUGAUCUAUUGAGUAUUAACAAUCAACCACUCAGAGUCUAUGAAAGCAAGGAUAGUGUAAGUUUUUUAUUUUUUUUUGAUUUAGGUAUGUUUUUAAGGGAAAACACGAAGCUUCAUAGAUAGUUUUGUAUACUAAUAAAUUACAUUUUAGGGUACUGUGAUUUCUGGGAUGGAGGAUAUUCCAGUUAGAAGCCGGACAGAAGUUUAUGAAAUUUUGAAAAAAGGAGCUGAGAAAAGGAAGACGGCUGCUACUUUGAUGAACAUCUCCUCCAGGUACGUUGAGGAUAUUUAUGAUUAGUUAUUUUUGUUAUAAAAUUUGUUUAACAUUUAAAUUUCUUUAUUUUACGAAUUUAUUUCUUCGGUAAUGUGCCAUAUUUUAGUCGUUCUCAUUCUGUAUUUACCCUAACUGUCACUACUCGUCAAACAAUUGACGACGAAGAACUUUUGAGAGUCGGUAAGAUUCAUUUGGUCGAUUUGGCAGGGUCGGAGAACGUUGGGCGUUCGGGAGCUAUUGAUCAACGUGCUAGAGAAGCUGGUAACAUCAACACUUCAUUGUUGGCGUUGGGAAGAGUUAUCAACGCUUUGACUUCGAACGCUGGUCACAUUCCUUACAGAGAAUCUAAGUUGACAAGAAUUCUACAGGAUUCUCUGGGAGGGAAGACCAUCACAACAAUCAUUGCGACUCUGAGUCCGGCUUCCACCAAUUUGGAAGAAAGUGUCUCAACUUUGGAAUACGGUCAGAGGGCUAAGAACAUUCGAAACAAUCCUGAAGCUAACAAAUGUGUGUCUAGAAAACGGAUUCUAUUGGCAUACGAUGAAGAAAUUGCGAGGUUACAAAGAGAUCUGGCUUCUGCUCGAUGUGGGCAAGGAUUUUAUGUUGAUAAAGAGAACUACGAGUAAGUUUUGGGAUUUCAAUUUCUACCUUGGCGGUUUCUUUGUGUCGUUUUAAUAAAAGUUGGGUUUCAGACAAAUGCAAGUGGAAAACGCUGAAAGCCGAGAAAAGCUGGAGAUCCUUGAGGCCGAAUUGGCCGAAAAACUGACACAAUUAUCGAAUGUAAGUUCAUAUUUUUUUAUGAAGUAGGGUUUUAGGUAUUAUUCUACGAUUCUUUAGCACUUAUUUUGUUAUUUUAGAUGACCGAAGACUUGUUGUACAUGGAUCAUCAAUACGAAAAGGCUUAUCAAGAUUUGAAGGCGAGAACAGCACGGUACGAACGUCGUGUACGAGAAAACGAAAAGUUGAAGAAAGAACUGAGUGACAUGUCUAACAAUUACAGUUCAGCUGUGGAUGCGCUUAAGAUCUUCGAAAAUGUUGCUGAUAAGCUUCGGAGUCGAGAGAAAAAGGUACUUUUGUAGAUUUUACAACAAUUUAGGUAACAAAUUUAAUAAGCGCGAGUUAUUUAUGUGGCAGUCGUUUUUUUAUUAUUGUUAUGUUUGCUUUAGCAUCAUGAGACAGCAUUGGUAUACUAUGAAGAGUUGACUAAUGCCCAGAACAAGAUUGAUCAAUUCCGAGAGAUCAACCAAACCAAUGAUCAUAAAAUGGGCGAGUUCUCGGCCGAUUUCAUUAGCAAAGCUAACAAAACCAAGGCCGACGUUUUGGAGCCAGUAAGAGUACGAAGCAGGACUACGGUAUCUGAACUGGAAACAAAGUGUAAGGUUUAAAUGGUAUUUUACUGGUUUAUUAUCAAGUUAAGUGUUUAGUUUUAAAUUAGGUAACAUUUUGAGGUAAUUCUUAUUUUCAGUAUAUGGUUUGCGAGAUGGAAUCAAAAAGGCUUUGCAUAGUAACAACGACAAUACAAAGAAUGUCAUCAACGACUUGAAAUCUUUGGCAACUACAGUAAAAUCACUAAAAUCGGAACACAACAAAGGCGUGGAAGAUGAAACUAAGAAGAGUGUUGAUUUGAUGCAGUCAUUCUUUGUAAGUUAUUAUGUUUUAUAUUGUUAUUAUCAUUAAUUGAGUGCGUUAACUUACUAUCUACUGUUUUAGGAUGAUCUGUCUAAGCAUAUGGAAACGAAAUCAGAUGAAAUCGACUGUGUUUUGAAGAAGUUGGAUCAGUUCUUUACCUUGUUUGAAGUGUACAAAGCAAAGGCGGAUGAAAAGGUAAUUACUAGUAAAAGAUGAAUAAUUGUUUUUUGAUUUAUAGGUUGCUGAAUUGACAAAGGCUAACGAAGAAAGCACUAAAGAAACUGAAAAGAUGUUAGAGAAUGUGUUGGAUAUGGCUAACAAGUUGGUGGAACAGAACAAGAGCAGGAAAAGAUCUUACGAUGACAUCAUUUGCAACUUGAAGAAACCUUUGGAUCAGCUAAACGAAGCCGCAACGAUUGUCAGAGAUAACGUAGCACCCUUGAAGAAGAUGAAGGAAGAUGUUGUAGAGAUGAAGACAGUAAGUUAUUGAUGGUAUGUAGAAAAAGGGUAGCAAGGGAAAAAAGUUAUUUGUUUGUUUGUAUAAUGAUAUAAUAUUCUGAAUUUUAGGUUUCGGAGACAACUAAUAGGGCAUUAGUGCAACGAUUAGAGAAGGCACAACUACAAUGUACUGAAAAGGUUUGUGAACUAGAUAACAAAGUAGAAACUGCAUGUUUGGACGCUAUAAAACAGUCAAACCUUGUUGUGUCGGCUACAGAUGACGCUUCAGUUCAAGUAGAAGAAGGGUCGGAAGAAGUGUUUACACUGGCAGAGAAAGAGGUAAAGCUUUUAAUCUUAAUUUACUAUCUAUUAAGGAUAACACCAAAGAUUUAUGUGGAGAUCUUACAAUAUGAAUUUUAGUAUUUCUUUAACUUAUAUUGUAUUUCCAGAAUGAAUAUAUCCAAGAAAACUGUGACCAGUUGGAGAAGUACGUCGAAGCAGCGAAGAACGAUGUCGAGAAGUUUGUGCAUCAUCAGAUUGUGAGAGAGACACGCUCAGGUAAUACUCCGGCUAGAAGGACCUCUACUGAUCUGACGUCGGCUUCAUUCUCUCCGAUUCCUAACAAAGACCAGCUACUGAAGCAGACUGCCAAGACUCCACAGAGAAUGUCUAUCUUCCGAGUCAGAGACACGAUUCUGGAGCAGAGUUUACCAUUGGACAGUCCGAACACACUGAAGACUCACCUCCCGUCAGUGCUGGCGGCCCAGAAGGCGGCGGAGGAAGACUUAUAA